CACCAUGAAACUCUUCCUAUUGGCUUUCCUCUGUUUCUGUGGCCUCACAGCAUAUUCUGUGGAAGGUGUGGGAAGCGAAAUCAUGAGAAGAAGAUUUUGUGUGAGCCUGACAAGCAAGAGCAUACCUGUCCAAUCAGUCAAAAGCUACAUCAUUGAAGAGGGCCCCAUGAGAGCAGUGAUUUUUGUCACCCAUAAAGGCAUUAAAAUUUGUGCUGAUCCUGAGGUUACUUGGGCAAAAAAAGUCAUGAAAGCUGUGAACAGAAGAACCACAUUACGACCAUCUACUGACAGGAUCAUGACUGUAUCUGGGAAGCCAACAUCUGUCUAGGAGUGUGGUUGAAUGGAUAGAUUGCUGCACUGGGACUCAAGAAGAUAUGGGUUCUGAUCCUAGCUGUGUCACCUGGGCUAGUCACUGAACUAUAAAAUUUACCUCACAGGGUUGCUGUGAUGAUCAAAAUAGAGAAUGUAUUUUGCAUACCUAAAAGUAUUGUAUGAAUACCAAUUAUUAUUGCUUGCACUUUGCCUCUUCUGCUAGCUUUCAAAAGAAAUAAAGUGACUGUAUUCACAUGAAUUGAUUGGAUUGUAUCACCUUUCGGGAAGGACUGUAUGAACCAGAAGAUAGUCUGUUCUUUCAUUUUUCAUAUUGAUGUUUUGAUAUUCAUUUUAGAAUUAUGAUUAAAAUAUU